AUGACCCUUCCAGGUCUGCCCCAGCAGAGGGACAGCAGAGAUGGUCACAUCAAAGCUGUGGGCCCCGCAGAUGUUAUUCGCAAUCAGUUUUCAGGAGCAACUUUUGAAAGAGUAAUUGACUGUUCCGGGAAGUGUGUGUUACCAGGCCUGGUAGAUGCACAUACACACCCAGUGUGGGCUGGUGAUAGGGUACAUGAGUUUGCAAUGAAGCUGGCAGGUGCAUCCUAUAUGGAGAUCCACCAGGCUGGGGGAGGAAUACAUUUUACUGUGGAACACACUCGGGAAGCCACAGAGGAAGAGCUGUUCACCACCUUCAAACACCGCCUGGAGCGCAUGCUCAGAGCAGGAUCCACGCUGGUUGAGUGCAAGAGUGGAUAUGGCUUAAACCUGGAAACUGAGCUUAAAAUGCUCCGGGUGAUUGAACGCGCUAAGCAGUCCAUGGAUGUUGGCAUUUCAUCAACGUACUGUGGAGCCCAUUCUGUGCCGAAAGGGAAAACUGCUGCUGAAGCCACAGAUGACAUUAUCAAUAACCAUCUCCCUAGGCUGAAAGAACUCAAACUAAGUGGUGAAAUACAUGUUAACAAUAUAGAUGUGUUCUGUGAGAAGGGAGUCUUUGAUCUGGAGUCUACUAGGAGAAUUCUUCAAGCUGGAAAAGAUAUAGGGUUACAGAUUAACUUCCAUGGAGAUGAACUCCAUCCAAUGAAAUCUGCUGAGCUUGGAGCUGAACUAGGAGCCCGAGCUAUCAGCCACCUGGAAGAAGUUAGUGAUGAAGGGAUCACAGCAAUGGCAAGAGCUAAGUGUGCUGCUGUCCUUUUACCAACAACUGCCUACAUGCUAAGACUGAAGCAACCUCGAGCUAGAAAAAUGUUAGAAGAAGGAGUUAUAGUUGCUCUUGGCAGUGACUUCAAUCCUAAUGCAUACUGUUUUUCAAUGCCCAUGGUGAUGCAUCUGGCCUGUGUAAACAUGAAGAUGUCUAUGAAUGAAGCACUAGCAGCCGCCACCAUUAAUGCUGCUUAUGCUCUGGGAAAAUCAGACACACAUGGCUCCAUAGAGACUGGCAAGCAGGGGGAUCUAGUGAUCAUCAAUUCAUCAAGGUGGGAGCACUUGAUUUACCAGUUUGGGGGACAUGAAGCAUUGAUCGACUAUGUUAUAGUUAAAGGAAAAGUCGUCUAUCAAAAUGAGAGGUGUGGAACAAUUAGCAGUUACUGA